AAGUACUUCCAUCUAUCAAACGAGGCUGUUGUGUCAGCCAGUAAGCCGCUAACUACUUCGGGUACUUCUGGUCUACAUAUAUAUUUUAUUGUUUAAGCUAUGAGAAACGGUACAAGCAGUCGAGACAUUGUACGUAAAAUAUGACAUGCCGGAGUUAAAUGUUUGUUUUGAGAGCCGCACAAAUACUAAAGCUAGUUAGCUUAGCGCUGCUAGCAUUUCCAGGCCAGAGGCUCUGAUAUCUGUUUUGGAAACGUGGAUGUUUUAAUGUGAACGGAAGCAAACGUGUUAACAAGUCGCUGUGACAAGUCUUGGCUGGAAUUUUAUGAUUUUAGCUUCGAGUGACAAGAAAAACAAGCAACAGGAAAAGUGCAGCCAUGGACGAUUUUACCUCCAUCAGCUUGCUGUCUCUGUCCAUGUUGGUGGGAUGUUAUGUGGCCGGGACCAUACCUUUAGCAGUCAACCUAUCAGAGGAGAAGCUGAAGCUGGUCACUGUGCUGGGAGCAGGGCUGCUCUGUGGAACUGCUCUAGCUGUCAUCAUUCCAGAGGGGGUUCAUGCACUUUACGAAGAGAUCCUUGAAGGUGCACCCCACAGCCACAGCCAGGUGAGAGUGGUGGAAGUGUCUGAGGCGAAAAGUGAGGGAGAUGCAGCGCUGGGUGCAAGCGGGAAACAUGAACACAGUUACGAGCAGCUCCAUGCCUGCAUCGGCGUGUCUCUAGUCCUGGGCUUUGUCUUCAUGCUGCUCGUGGACCAGAUAGGCAGUUCUCAUGUGCAUAACACCGACGAUCCAGAGUCAGCAAGGGUUUCCUCUUCAAAAAUUACCACGACGUUAGGACUCGUGGUCCAUGCUGCAGCUGAUGGCGUGGCGCUGGGAGCUGCGGCCUCCACCUCUCAGACAAGUGUUCAGCUCAUUGUCUUUGUGGCCAUCAUGCUACAUAAGGCUCCAGCAGCGUUUGGCCUGGUGUCUUUCCUGAUGCAUGCUGGGCUGGAGAGGAACCGCAUCCGUAAACAUCUUUUGGUGUUCGCCAUAGCAGCGCCCUUGCUUGCCAUGCUCACGUUUUUAGGUCUCAGUCAGAGCAGCAAAGAGGCGCUGUCGAACAUCAAUGCCACCGGAUUAGCCAUGCUCUUCUCCGCGGGCACCUUCCUUUAUGUGGCAACCGUCCACGUCCUUCCUGAGGUUGGGGGCGGCAGCCACAGUCACACUUCCACAGCAGGGAAUGGUGGGAAGGGACUGAGCAAGGUGGAAGUGGGAGCCCUGGUGCUGGGCUGCCUCAUUCCUCUGGUGUUGUCUAUCGGCCACCAGCAUUAGACCAGAGACUUGGAUGGACUAAGACGUGGUCUUGGAGGACAGCAGCCAGUCGGAGGACCAUGUGGACGUGGUCACAGUUGCGGGCACAUAAUGAGCUGUGAAGCUCAGCUUGAAGAAGGGAAUGAAGGAUGUUGGCUAAAUCAGUUGCAGCCACAGUGAUUAAGUGUUUUUGUUAUUUUGUUUUUUAAUCGACUCUGACAACACUGCACCAUUUCCAUUCAUCCUGGCAGAAGUGCACAUGUUCAGUUCGAGAUCACCGAUUACGUCCACCAUCAGAGGACCAAUGCUGAUGCCAGUGAUGUUCUGCUGACAUUUGGAACAGUUUGAUUUUGUGACGUCACAGAAGAAAAUUCAACUUUUCCAUUGUACAGCUCAUAAAUGUCUUCUCACCGAUGCAGACUGUUCAGGCUGUUCUAACUGGUUUUCAAGUGCCAAAUAGAGAAUUUGACAAGGACCUGUCAUGUGAAUUGUUUGCUCAUUUUAUUAAUCAACACACAUCUUGCGCUCUGUUACAGAGCGACAGCUGGCUGGGAUGCAGUAUCACUUAAAAAAA